GCAGGAGCACGAGACACUAGCGAGAUCUUUACUUAGCACACCACUACCAGGAACCAGAGCAACAGCAACUACGCUAAGGCGACCAUUUUGAUUGUUGGAACUGCGACAUCCCACAUCCUCAAUAAAAUACGCAUUAUCAUUUAAUGUAUAUCUCUGUUGAGUAGUUUAUCUCCUAAAAAACGUUAACUGCGUACAAAAUAUAUAUAAAACGUGUCCAUUGUUCGUUUCUGAACGACACCAUUCACGCCUACCAGUCAUUUAAACAAUCAAGAUUUUACGAAAAAAAAAGUAUGAAUUUUAGUUCUUAUUUUUCGUUAAUUAAUUGGGAAAGUAAUCAAGACGAAAUAAUGCCUAGUUUAAUUUCAAAUAAUAAUUGUGAAUCUUCGAUUAAGAGUAUGGAGGAUAGUUUAGAAGAGAACAAUGGACAGCAGCAAUAUUAUUCCAUAACGCUGGGAGUGGGGCCUCUGUGGUGGUCCGAUGCGCCCCAUGCCGCAUUGUCUGUAUCUGCAGUCAACACAGAGAGCCGCGGUGUGGGGAUUAAGCAGAGUCAGCUCUCUGUGAGCUCACACAUUGUAUCAGAGGAAGAAUUGUUGAAAGCAGUAAAAAGAAACGAGUCACUUCGCCUCGCCUUUACUCUACAUUUGACAGAAACAACUUCUGUGGAAUGGGAAACAAUAAUAUGGCGUGGAACACUUUAUAUUCGGGUUCCAAGUUGUCUUCUUCCAGAGGGUUCGAAAGAGGGAUUCGUUUCUCUUCUUGAAUACGCUGAAGAAACACUAAAUUGCAAAAAUGUUGUCAUUUGUCUACGUAAAGAUCGUACGGAUCGAGCAAUGCUGGUUCGUACCUUCAUGUUCUUGGGCUUUACAGUUUUGCCACCAAACCAUUCACUAGUACCACCAAAUUGCGAUCCGGGUAAUCUUUACAUGCUUUACACAGUCGACGAGUAAUUACCUUAAGUACUUUCUCAAGUUUAUUGUCACCAUUAAAUUAUAAUUUAAAAUUACAAUAUUCCUAAUCAAGAUAUAAACUUUAGUCGAUAAUUGCAACCAAUAAACUUGAGAAAAUAUUUUUUGUCGUCAGCAAGCAUUUGUGUUAAUUAAAAAAAAAAAAAAUUAGAAAAUUGGUAAACAAAUGACAACUAAUUAAGUAAAUUAAAGUAAAGGGUUUCUAGUUAUAAAUGUAGUAAAACAUAUAAGCAUAACAAGUUUUAACAAUUCUUCUCGAUGAUACAUGAAAGAUGUGAUUUGUUUAAUCAAGCUCACAGAAACAUCAUUAUUAUUAUUAAAUCUCACACUAAAUGGCUUAAGCGAUUCCGAAGGUGCCUCUUGUGACUUACUUAAUCAUCCGCCACCACGACGCCAAGAUAUCACGCGCCAAUAAUAAUAAUUACAGCUAUUUAUUUAUUGUUUAUUAGUGGUAAAUCUCAUUAUUAAUUUCGUGGCAUAUUGGGACACUUCUUCAAUUCGUUUAUAACUUUUAUAUUACGUUACAAAAUUUAAAGACAAUUUUUUCUCCGGACAGAUUUAAAUUAUAAUUUGAUAUCACAAUAAUAUAUUUGAUGGUAGAAUAACCGCGCACAUAUAUGUUAUAUAUGUGACAUAUAUGUUAUAUGUAUGGCAUAUGUUGAGUAUGUAGCAUAUAUUUUAUAUGUAAAAUAUGUUAUAUAUGUAACACAUACAUGUUCCCCUAUUUAAUGUCGACAUUUACAAUUUCAAUUUCCUAUAAUUUUGUUGUGAAUAUUUCGUCGUUAAAUAUUUUGUUACGAGUCAUAAAAAUUAAAAUUAAUUAAUUAAUUAAUUACUUGCUUUUAGUGAAUCCCAAUAAAUUAAUUACUGAGAAUUAGCAUUAAUAAAGGCGGUUUCUGUGUUGACUCAUGCAGAUACUUGAAGUAAUGAUAAAAAUAUGAUAUAUAUAUAUGAUAAAAAAUUUUAAAAAUCUAAAAAAAAAAAUUAAAAUUAAAAUUACAAAAAAAAAUUUUGUGUUAGUAGAUUAUGAAUUUUUAGUGUAGAUUUAGAAUCCAAUUUGAAUAAUUGGUUAAAUAUUCAGCAUAAACAAUUUAAAUAUUAAUGUUUAAUGUAACACUAAUUACAUGUAUGUUUUACUUAUUAUUAUUAUUAUUUUUUUUUCUCAUUAUUUUACUGUUCCAAUUUAAUUUGUAAUAACUAUACAUUCAAUCAUAAUAAAUAAUUUAGAUAUAUAAAGACAAAUGCUUAUUAUAUUCUUUAUUAUGAAUUAUCGAUU